GUUAUAUGCCUGAACUGAUACUGUUUCGCAAAAUCUGCAAAGAGAUCUCACGCAUACUUUGGUCCAUUAUUUGAUACUAUUGUCUCAGGAAGUCCGUGUCUAGCAAACAUUGACUUUAAGCCAGGAUAUCGUCCGUCAUGCAUAGCGUUCCGUCUUGGCCCUCCGAUAUCUUUGACAUGAUGUUUUGGAAAUACUCUGGCGCUGAUGCUAUGCCAAACGGUAGGCGAUAAAAAAGGUAUCACGCGAAAGGUGUGAUGAACGUGGUUAGAGGAGCGCUCUCUUCAGUCAAAGGUAUCUGCCAGAAACCCGAGUUUGAGUCAAGUUUCGAAAAAUCUUUGCAUUGCUUAGUUUUGCCAAAGCUUCUCUACUGCUGGUAGAAUAUAUCGACUUCUCUUCACACUUUCGUUUAGUUUCGUAAGAUCGAUGCAGACUUUAAUUUUUCCAUUGCUCUUUGGAAAAACGACCAUUCCUGCACACCAGUCGGUUGGUGUAUCUAUCCGAGAAAUGACUCCCAUUUCUUCCAUGCGUCAUAGUUCUUUCUUCACUCGAGGCAAAAGAGAAAUUGCAACACAUCAUGGUGUUGACAAAACACAGGGUUUCGCGCCUUCUUUUAACUCGAUGUGGUGGGCUAUUCCUAGUUUGCCCAAUCCCUUGAAUACUUCCUCAUACCCUGUCAGUAUCCGAUGACUUGAUAUCAACAGUCGAUUCUGGCCAACAGUUAGAGUUUCUCAAUCGCUGGUCUUCCUAGUAGCUAGAGGCUGAUCGAGGUACUUGAUUGCAUACACGGUCUCUUGGAUAACCGUAUCCCUUCUGCGUAAACUGCAUUGGAAUUGGCCUGAUACACGAAGAGCAGUAUUAUUUGGUCCUCGCAAGUGCUUCUGUGAAGGCAAUAAUUUUUUCCUUAGGUAUCUUGCGGAGCUCUCCGGAACUACAGUGACAUCUGCACCUGUGUCUAAUUUGAAAGUAACAGGGUUGCCGUCUAUAAGUAUCUCUACCAUCCAUGGUUUACUCUUCACUUCUGAAAGGGUGUCGAGAUACACAACAUCUUGAGUUGGACUCCUCAUAUCUUCCGAGGUGAUAUUACUGACAGCCUUGGCUCUACAUACUGAUCUGAAGUCUCCUACUCUCUGACAUCUGAAGCACUUCACGUCUCUAGCUGGGCAAGUCUGUCUACUGUGGGAAGGGUGUCUGCCACAGCGACCACAAGGUUCCCUUGCUUAGAGUUUCUUAUCCGUGAAUUGUUUGUUCCACAUAGGUGUAGGCUGCUGUACUUGGACUAUCUUGUUUCUUCAGUGGUUUAUUCUUAGUCUGGACUGGGGCUAUUCCUGCCAACGAUCGAGGUUCUCAUUGAUUUCUGUUGUGCUUUCACUAAUUCACUUUGGCGCGCUGCUGUUAUUGCUUUUUCUAGUGUGAGUGCAGCAUCUAACUGAAGUAUUCAGAAAGCUUUGCAUCUCUGAGACCAACGACAAUUUCUAUCACGUACCAGUUCAUCAUGCAGAGUCUUGAACUCACAAUGUUCUGCAAGACGAUAUAGUGAAGUGAUGAAGCUCUCGACCGACUCACCUUGUUGGACGCGUUGAUGGAAGCGUUGUAAACGCUCGUAAAUCACGUUGCGCUUACAACUUGGAAAUAACAGUGUUGAAGUUCUUCCUCUCGUCUUCUGGCAGUCGUAGAGACGUUAGUAUAUCCUCUGCUCUAGCUAUCUCAUAGAGUAAACAAACGUGGAACCUUUAAUUCCGCCGUCUUUCGCGUGUAGACCUGUUGCUUCACAGUAGUGAAGGAAUCUUUUUUCCAGCGUUGCCAUUUUCCUAGUCUCGCGAAUUCAAAGCGGCCGGAGGCGGAAACGUAGGUGUUUCCAUUAUCACUAGCGAUUCCACUUCUGUCACUAUGUAGCGUCUGUAGGUAGCAUCUCUGAUGUCGCGUCAGUACACGGAUUCAGAUUUGCUAUAUUCUCCACGUGUUCGCUAACAUACGAGUCAUCAACUGACAUACGUAGCUCAACAAGCUCCGGACACUAUGCUGCUACUAUCAGGGUUGCAGGCGGUCGUCAAUUUUGGAGCCAAAUUUGGGUGCUACUGCCCUGUACCUAGAGCCCAGGACCGUCUCUGUAUAUACGGCUCUGGUCUUCCGCAGAUCCGUGUAGCCUCGUAUAGACAGACCGUUGAUAGCAUAUUUCCUGUACAGUGUACAGUACUUGGCGUGACACAGAGUCCAGACUCUAACGAUAUCAUUGACUCCGGGAAAGGAACACAUUAAAUUUUUAGUUUCAUUGUUAACUUGGAGUCUUCUGGAGUCAUAGAAUCCGUGUCUGGAGCCUAGUUUGGCUUCGCUGCCCCCGGUAACAACACUCCUGACUACAAGACCUAGCAAGUCCAGCUAUCUAGCAACCGGUACCAACCGGACUUUCCAGUAUUUAUUGUGCAGUAAAUUGCAUGGUCUGAUGAGACUAUCACUCAGCAGAACGAUAUCUCUGUCGUUUUUAGUUUACGCUUUGAAUGUUACUAUAUUAUAUAUUUCUAAACGAUGGAUUUUUCGAGAAGAAGCGGAACAACGUAGCUAGCAAAAAUCGCGCUAAGAUACUGUGUAUUUUACUCCAGGAAGUCAUCAGCUUCUGCUUGAAGGCAUCAGCAGCUCUAGCAAGUUACUGUUGUAGUAUAGAUCGACAGAUAACUAACGAUUCUCUAUCAUCAAAGCAAGUGGGACUACAGAGUAAAUAGUAACUUCAAACUUGUGACAGAAGUGGAGAGUGACAAACAAGCGAGACAAAGUCCGCAGUGUGUACAGCUAGAAUAGAGCACUGUGUGUGAUCUUCAUCUCUCAUCCGGGCAGUGGCCAUAUUCUAGAAUGAAAACAGAAACAAAACCCGUCUAGCCAGAUUGUCCGGUGACUUGUUGCGCAGUUUGGAGACAUCAUGGACUGCUGCGUCGUCUUCUCUUCAACCAAUUCGGUCGAUGGUGGGUGGGCAUGGAUUAUACUCGGCGCAAGUUCUCUCUUGCUUUUCUUCGUGGGAGGGACGCUGGCUUCCUUCGGGGUUCUCUAUGUUGGGAUCAACGAUUAUUACUCGCAGAGUUCUUCCAGUUCUUUGACAAACAGUUCAAUGUUGUUAAACUCCACCACCACCGUCUCGCGUGAUCACGACAACGCUAAAGUUGUGAUAGGUAUUGCGGUAACGCGUACACCAUCUUUAAAUGCCGUGCAUGGAUUUACAAUAGAGUAUCGUGGCUGUGCUUUCUGUUGGUGCAGCAUGCACGUCUAGACAGUAAUAUACAGAGAUGUUUAUGACUAUAACUGUGUUUUGCAUGCAUGUUCUUUCAGCAUGCGUUGGAUCCUUGUCAGUGUCUCUGGUCUGUUUUAUCGGUCCUAUUAUGAACGGUCUGAUCGAAAAGUUUGGUCCGCAGCGUGUUCUGCUUGUUGGUACAGCGCUUGUGGUUGCCGGUUUUCUCCUCUCUUCCUUUUCAGACAGCAUUUGGCAGCUCUUUCUGACGUACAGCGUACCGGUCGGAGUGGGUUGUUCAUUCGUGUGGACAACGUCACUUUCGUUAUUACCUCAUUAUUUCGAAAGAUGGCUUACUGUUGCGUCGUCCGUCGCGAUGACGGGCCGGUUUCUUGGCAUGGCUAUCAUAACUCCAAUAUCUCGUAUUUUGAUGAAAAGUUACGGUUGGCGUCGAAUGCUGCAAUUCUUUACUCUCAUCGGCGUUCCCAUGUGCGCUUGUGCUGCCCUGUUUCGUCCUUCUGCCGGUAGUCGACGUAGAAAAAUAGAUGCGAUGAGACGCGUGGGCAACUGCUGCAAACUACAGAGGAACGUGAGACUAACGUUCUACUGUUGGAUAGGAGCUCUGCAGUGCACUGCCAUCACUAUUCCCAUGACUUACAUUGUCGAAUAUGCUGAAGAAACUGUGGAAGUUGAUGAGGAGCAAUCUGGAUUUCUUCUCACCGCCAUGGCGGUAACGGCCGCUUUUUCUAGCAUUGCCACUGGCUUGAUAGGUCUGCGAAUAAAGCGUAAGAUGUUUUUGGUUCAACUUCUCAUUGCGGUCGGUGGCCUUUCUUCAUUGCUGUUUCCCUUCUAUCAAUCCUAUCAGCAUCUCAUCGUUUACAUGAUCAUACAAGGAGUCUGUUUCGGCUACGUGUCUCUAGUAUAUCUUGUUCCACUGACGUCGCAAAUGAUCGAUGUAAACGACGCAUGCGACGCAUUCGGAUUGCAGUCCUUUGCAAUGGCCUUUGGGUCGCUUGGAACGGCUAUAGGCGGAGGAUUGCACGAUCUAGUGGGCAGCUAUACGCCUGGAUUUCUUCUGUCUGGUUCUAUCUCUGUCGUAGUGUCCGUGAUUCUCUUUCUAGAUGAGUACUUGAAGAAAAAAUGUGGUAGGAAAGGUAAAUAUUCGAUUGAAAAAACGACUGGAACGGCCGAAGCAGAUGCUGCUGCUGUUGCUACCAAAGACGACAUUCGGACGGCGAUCUACUAUGAAACAUAUGUUUAGAUUAAUUAGGCCGCAAGAUUUUUGAAAUUGAGUCUCACUCUUGGCUGUUGCGAAUAUCUAGACUUACAAUAAUUUGUUGCUUGGCGAAUACACUGUAUACUGUUUGGUAAGCACUAAUCAUAACUAAGCUAUCGGUAUGUGUAACUAGAGUUUGUCUGCCAUCAGCGUGUUUGUUGUUGUUUGACUACUAAUUCAUGUUUACUGGAAAUUAAUUAAUAUUAAUAUUAAUGAUAACCUGGA